AUGGCGAUAACCGGCCUCUGUGAGUGCGUGUCUGUCGCCGGGCCCCUCCUCGGUGCGGGACACUCUGCUCUCCAAAGCCAAUAUGGCUUCUCCGCCGAUAACCUCCUCUCCGCAAACAUUGUUUUAGCGAAUGGCACAACCGCCUUGGCUUCCUCGGCAACCAAUCCAGAUCUCUUCUGGGCGAUAAGAGGGGCGGGUCACAAUUUCGGCAUCGUGACCAGCUUCACCCUUCUCACCCAUCCCGUCCCCUCCACCUACUCGCUCUACACCCUCGUCUACACCAAGGGCAAGAUCGAGGCGCUCUUCAGUCUAGUAAACAACAUAGAUACUCCACCCGAGACUCGAGAUUCAAAGUUCUUCCUCAAUGCAGUCCUAUCGAGACCUGCGGCAGAUACAGACCCAGUAUUCACAUAUAGUCUCGCCUACGAGGGCACGCCCGAGGAGUUGCACAUCCGCGCGAAGUCGUUCCUAGCACUAUCUCCCCUUACCACAACGCUGACGAUGGACAUAACCUACGACAAGCUGUACCAAGCACUGGGCUUCGGCAAGGACGCCUUCGCAUGCAGGAAGAAUAUAAAUCAGGAUAUGGCGGGCGUUGCACUGAAAAGGUGGAAUAUCGAGGGCUUGGAGAAAGCGUACAGGAUAUUCUCGGACCUGACAGCGGAUCCGCGUUUCUUUAACUCGUUCAUGCUAAUGGAGAACUACGGCAUUGUUGCUGUCACGGGUGUCGAUCCGGAUUCUACUGCGCUACCGCGCGAAGAGCGUGAAAGACCGAUUCUGACAAGUGCUAUUGUGCACUAUGAAGGUGAUGAAGAAACGACGAGGAGGGACGCUGCGGCUUAUAUAAGGGAGAUUAAGGAGGCGUUGUAUGAGGGACUAGACAAGGAUGAGUGGCAUGCGUACGUGAAUUAUGCGGCUGGAGACGAGGGAGUGGAGGAGGUGUAUGGGAGGGAGAGGUGGAGGGUGGAGAAGUUGAGGGAAAUGAAAGGAAGGUGGGAUCCAGGGACUAGAUUUAGGUUUUUUGCGCCGUUGGCAUAG